GGUUCAACAGCCUGAUACUUAAGUAUCUCAGCUCUCUGUCUCAAUGUUUUCACUCGUUCUCGGUUCUCGCACACUCAUUAACAUUUAGCGUACAACCAUGGCCAGGUUGAGCGGUAGCUUUCAGAAGCUACAUACCAAGCUAAGCGGGUGGAGGAGAUUAGCCAUCUUGAACAUCGGUGCUAUGGUUCUUUUGACGCUAUUACUAUGCGGUUUCACCGUUGCUUCGAUUCUCAAGACAGACCUAUCAGAGAUAGCCAACGAGGGUUACAAUUACGACGAAGCCAGUCGAGGGGAUGCGGUGCGCAACACCUUUCUGUUCCAUUCCUCGCUCUGCACCGAACCUACGGCGCGGAAUGUCAAUACAGUUCUCCAUUUAAUCGUUAACGCCGUGUCCAGCGCAGUCCUGGCGUCGUCCAAUUUCUUCUCGCAGGUACUCAGCUCGCCAUCACGUGCAGAAGUGGAUGUGUCGCACGCGCGAGGAAGAUCACUCGACGUUGGAGUAAUAUCAUGGCGGAACGCACUGGGUUUGUCUCCCUUCAAGACGGUGGCUUGGGUCGCACUCUUGGUCACGUCACUGCCUCUGCAUUUGCUCUUUAAUAGUGCCAUACUGCAAUCGGCCGAUUCUGAGGGCUCCCAUGCGCAAGACGGUGGCAACUGUUAUGUGGGCGUCUCGAACCCGCUUCUCUUGACCGUUACGCUAGCUUGUCUAGUGAAAGUAAUCAUCUGCGUUAUGAUAGUGUGGGUCUUAGGCCCCCAGGAGUCCUUAGUCACGCCUGGAGACGCUGUGGCGUCGUUCAUCUCCGUCCCAGACUCGUAUACCGCCGACAGACUGGAGUUGCUUGUAAAACAUCCGAAGCAUAAGGCCGAUAGUGGUAGCCCAAUACUGUGGCGGUAUACUCCUCUAAGACGAUCAUCCUGCAUUUCGCGCUGGACAUGGACAUACACAUACGCCUUUUUCGUUGCCUGCAUCCUGGUCGCAGCUGGCGUUCUAGGGAAGGAAUAUCAAAUGAUAAAGAAUGACGAGAUGGACCAGCAAUCCCUUCGCGAUUCUAGCUCUCCCCUCACGAUCAUACCACCCAACUCCUCCGUCCCCUUUAUCACCACGGUGCUCCUGGCCAAUAUUCCACAGCUAUUACUCUCAGUCUGGUAUUUUGCGUACAACGCCAUCUUGACUCGGUUACAACUCAGCCAGGAAUGGGCUCUGUACUCCACGUCAUCCCGGCCUCUUCGUGUCUCUCAGCCCAGAGGCCAACAAGUUGGAACUUAUAGGCUCCAGCUCCCGUAUAAAUACAGUAUCCUUCUUAUAAUCCUCAGUGCAGUUCUGCACUUCCUGCUUUCUGAGAGCUCGUUCGUGGUCCUCUUUACAGAUGGUAUGUACCUAGACAAAGAUGCAAUAUAUAGGUUCAACACAAAGGCACUAACAUUAGAUAUCAGACGAUGGGACUGUAGGACUGGACGGUUCGAAGGACUACCAAACCCUGCCAUAUGACCUGUAUGUCGUCUGGGGUCUAUCUCCAACAUACUUGGCCGGACUGCUAGCCCUGGCCAUCGCCGCCAUUCAGAUUCCCUGGCUUCUGGGUUUAUUACGAAUGCCCGGGCACAUGCCGCCCGUUGGAUCAGACUCACGGGCCAUAGCAGCUGCUUGCCAUGUCU